UUAUAAAUGUCUUGAGUUUACACAUCACUACAAUGUUCUUAUUUAUUAUUUUUAUAGUAUUUUAAAGUGUUUAACCCUGGAGAAAUGAGAUAAAUGCUCAUUUUGAAACUAGUUUUAAUUUUGUCAAGUUUCCUCGUACACCUGAGCACAGAAUCCUCAGGAUUCUCAAAUUAUAAUUUUUUCCAUAAAAUAAUCUCCCCAAUUUCUCCCAAAAAAACACAAAAUUCGCAAUAUCCAGUCAAACAAAAAAUAAUAAAUAAAACCACUUUUGUUACUGGAAAAACCUUUUUUAUAUCAAAUAAUUAUAAAAACAGUACGGUGGUAAGGCCUAGGAGAUUCUAUUCGCAGCUUUUAUCCUUGCCAAGUUCAGUAGCGCUUAAAACAAGACCUCCAGAUUUACCCUCACUACUCCUCAGUGAGCGGAUUGUGUACAUCGGAUACCCUAUCCAGCAGACGGUGGCACAUUUAGUGAUCAGCCAGCUGCUCUAUCUGGACUACGAUUCGCAGGAUAAACCAAUUAAAAUAUAUAUAAAUUCGGAUAACGAACGGUCGAACGAGGAUGGGAUUUCAACAUCUGAAAUCGACGCCCUGAACAUCGUUGACGUUAUGAAUUACCUGAAAAACGAAGUUAUCACAAUCAAUCUCGGAAAGGCUUAUGGUCCUGGAGCGUUAAUUUUAGCGUCUGGAACACGGGGGAAGAGGUUUGUUCUUCCGAGGUCGUAUACGCUGUUGCGACAGUCUCCGACAACCUUGUCAUUUCGGCAGGCGGAGGACAUAGCUAUAUAUUCCAAGGAGAUUUUAAGGGCCAGGAGGUCAGUGAUUAGUGUUUUUUCAAAAGUUUGCAAUAAAUCUGAGGAGGAAAUUCUGGAGAAAAUAAACAUCGGCGACUACAUGGGCGCACAGGAAACGGUUAAUUUCGGCUUGGCAGAUAAAAUCCUCGAAAACAUUAGUUAG